AUGUCUGCGAUUCGACCUGAUCCAACGAAACAGCUCGCCACGAGCAGCGUGGUGGUGGGCUACGCUCUCUGUUCCAGCUUGCUCGCCGUGAUUAACAAGUUCGCCAUCACUAAAUUCAACUACCCAGGGCUUCUGACAGCUCUGCAGUACUUGACCUCGGCGCUUGGCGUCUGGGUUAUGGGCAAAUUAGGGUUCUUGUAUCACGACGCCUUCAAUUUGGAAACUGCAAAGAAGUUCCUCCCAGCUGCCUUUGUUUUCUACCUCGCAAUCUUCACCAAUACCAAUCUGCUACGCCAUGCCAAUGUGGACACCUUCAUUGUGUUCAGAUCUUUAACCCCACUUCUUGUUGCUAUAGCCGACACUUUGUUCAGGAAACAGCCGAUCCCAUCUAGGCUCACUUUCUUGUCCCUGUUCAUCAUUUUGGGAGGUGCUGUGGGUUAUGUGGCUACUGAUUCGGCUUUUACCCUCACUGCAUAUUCAUGGGCACUUGCUUAUUUGGUGACAAUCGUAUCUGAAAUGGUUUACAUCAAGCACAUCGUGUCGAGCAUUGGAUUGAACACUUGGGGUCUGGUGUUGUACAACAAUCUGCUGUCCUUGCUCAUAUCGCCUGUGUUUUGGGUUCUAACUGGGGAGUACAGAGAAGUGUUUGGUGCUCUCGGUUCAAAUGGUGGGGAUUGGUUCAGGAUUGAUGCUUUCUCUGCAGUGGCAUUGUCUUGUGUGUUUGGUGUGCUCAUCAGUUUCUUUGGGUUCGCGGCCAGGAAGGCGAUCUCUGCUACUGCAUUUACUGUGACUGGCGUGGUUAACAAGUUUCUGACUGUUGUGAUCAAUGUGAUGAUAUGGGAUAAGCACGCCACUCCAUUUGGAUUGCUUUGCCUCCUCUUCACGCUGUGUGGAGGUGUUCUUUACCAGCAGUCUGUGACAAAUGCACGUGUCGAGCCUGUUGCAAAACCGAAAGACAAUAGGGAGCCGGAUGCAGAGAAUGUGCUUCUUAUCGAGAGAAAAGAGGACGAUGCGGAUAAGUAG